GUGCCUCUGGGAAAACGAGGCGUGCCGGCGGCCGGCUGCCACUGCGCGCUUCCGUCUCACUUCCUUGUUCUUCAGUGGGAAGCGAAAAACUUUCACGGAAGGGAAGCGUCCGUAACUAGCCGAGCUAAUGUUAAAUGUCGGAGCCGCACAUUCAAUUCUCCAUUCAUAGCUCCGAGCUGACAGACAGUGCGGGGCCAUGGCUGACAGUCGAGAAGAGGAGAAAAAAGAAGGAGAGCCGGAGCCGCGGGGCGCCGUGGGUGGGGAAGAUGUCAUCGAUGAUCCCAUCCUAGAACAAGGAGCAGUGGUCCUCAGAGGGUAUGUGAUUGAGCGUAUGAACACAGAAUACCCCGGUCGAUAUGUCUGCUCUGAGGAUCUGGGAGGAAGGCCAAACGAACAACAGGAUCCACAAGUCAAAGAAGUGGUGGAACAACUGCUCAAGAUUGCAGAUGAGUUGAACAGGAACGCUGAGCUCCAACGACUGAUCAGCCAGGUUCCGGGUAACUGUGCUCAGGACAUCUUCAUGACGGUGGCCAGGAGCAUCUUUGCUGAUGGAAUCAACUGGGGUCGAGUGGUGGCUCUCUUCCAUCUGGCCUACAGACUCAUAUACAGGGCAUUCACCACCAACCAUCUCGAAAACAUCAGAAAGGUCAUCAGUUGGGUUCUCCAGGUCAUCAGAGAGCAGCUCUACACCUGGCUCAUACAGCAGGGAGGCUGGGAGGGGGUGAUCUGUGGCUUUUCUCGGUGGAAGACAGUAGCCAUAGUAGCAUCAGUAGUGUUGGUGGCAACCAUUGUUUUCUACAGGAAGACACGCUGAGACCAUCAGACAUCACAGUCUUCCAACCAGGACUGCAGUCCCAUCUCCUGGAUAAAAACAGCUUGUUAAUAAAGACAAUUUCUGGACAUUAAUUACAACCACUCCUCAACCUCCAUCUGAUUAAACAGCGGAGGUCAAGUACUGUAAGUAGAGAGGGGAAAACCUCCUCUCUUCUCAGGUUUCCAAGAACAGAAAAGUGCAUUUAGAGCCGGCUAUCCACCGGGCAUCAGCAACUAUUCAGUACCUUCCAUGAAAUUACAGCAGCUGCUGUAACACACCCUCCAGCAGUCAUGUUGGAGGUUCUCGGCUCUUAAAUGGAACAGAGCCAUUAUUAAUGUCAAUAAUUCCACUUGUGCUUCUCAAGUUCUUAUAUUGUAGACAGUGACUUUUCCACUUUUUUCCUGGUGUUGACUCUGUGUCUACAGAGAGCACUAUCUUAGCUAACUAAAUAUUGUAUGUGGUCAGGUGACCAUCACUGUACUGUGAAUUGAACACUGGCUAAAGUAUCUAGGUGAAUCUCUCUAGAGCUGUACAUUCAUGUUAGCAUUAGCAUUGUCCACUUUGCUAACGAAAACCAACUGUCAGUAACUAAGUAUGAAGACAUUUUUAAGUGCUGGAUCAUACUGAGAUCAUUCUGUAGUUUUGGCAGGAAAAACGAUGCCUUUGUCUCUCUGUGAUCAUCUCCCUUUUGUGUGUGAUUGUUGUUUAUUGCACAAUGCAGGUGGAGGAUUUUUCCGUUGUACUGUAUAGUGAUCUGACCGAGGAACUCAAUGCAGCAGCCUAGAAACUGCUGUUAGCCUGGGCUAGAAGGUUUGAGACCCACCGUCAAAUCACUGUCAUACAGUUGUCUGCCAACAGAAUCAGAAAGAUUUGUGUUCUCUGUUAUCCAUUAAUUAAAAUACUAAAGAACAAGAGAAACAAAGGUUAUAUACAGUAUUUCAACUUCAUUUUCAAGCACCAACUUCUACAGGGAACUUUCAUGAUAAAGAGAUUCUGGUAGAUUUUUAAACCUGUAAAACCUCUGCAACUGUUGCAUAAAAGAAAAAAAAAUGCUAUUUAUGUCCUUCAGUUUUUACAUUUGUAAUAUCUGUUUAGAUUCUUAAAGUUCAACAAUAAGUGCACACAUGAGGAGUGGGAAAAAACUUAGAGCAUAUGAGGCCAUUCUUUAUAGCUCUGUGGGAAAACUGGUUUAUGGAUAAAGAGGUAAUUAUUACCUCUUGCAUUACCCUUGCAUUUUACUUAUUGCAGUGUGUAAGGUUCAGAUGAUUUGAUGGAAACUAGAGGAUUUAUAUGUGAAGAGUGAGUGGCUUAUAGCAGACCUAGGUGCUGUUAUCUAAUAACGACAUGAACUUGUGUCAAGUAUUUUUGCUACCAAAUUGUGCACUUUUAAGAGGGAAAUCACACUAUCUGCUGUUCUACGGUGCUUUUUUAAUAUAACCUGUUAGAAAAAUUAUCUGAUUGGACUCUUCUUCUGUGAAUAAAUUUCAAAUGUGUUAUACCACUCAUUGUUGGAUAUGUGUAUGUUCUGAGUUAUCCAGGUCAUGGGAUAUUGGUUAAAUCAUAAGUAGCUGCACAUGGCAGUCAUGGAGCCGUGAAGAUGUUGAUCAAGGUGUUUGUUUAGAUAAAAGUAUAGCCCUAACAUGAGGUGACCUUGCCCUCAAGGUGUGCAAACCUGCAGUUUAUCGGUCCUCAGCAAGGCCAGAGCUACUGAAGUCAUAUCCUCAGUAUUACUUCCUGAAUGUUUUGUAAUCAUUUGGUGUAUAUUUUCUUAGCUGAUUCCAGCACGAUUUAAACUUGAUUAAUUAAGGUUAAUCAACCAAUCAAUUAUAUAAAUAAAGGUAUUCAAAUGGAUUCAGUAUAAUAAAUCAAAUGUGAGAAAUCAAAAUUUUAAAAAGUUAGUUUUUGUACACAGUAUAUAAGUGUAAUAUUAUUUACUUAUUUAUUUUGCUUCUUAUUCUAUAUAAAUUAUGAAUUGAUUUUCUCUGUGUUUCUGUUAGUCGUGUUUGCUGUGAGUAGGGCUUUGAAGGGAGACACCCAUUGUUACGACAAUUACCACACAUGGGAUUGAAAGCUCUGAAUCAUUACUAAGUAGACCUUUCAGCUCAGAUUGUCUUUUCAAUUUAAUUAGUAAAUAGUUUUUAAUGAUUGCACAUAACCAUAUAAAGCAGUAAAUAGAUAGUGUAAUGCAAAAAGUACUGUCUGAUGCAGCAUGGGGAAAUAUAUAUAUACCUGAAAUAUAUAUGACUUAGGCUGCUCAUGUGACUUAGUGUUUAAGAUGCCAGCUGUGAACUGCAACAUCCCUCUGAGUGUCACAGUAGAUUUUUGUUUUUAUAUCCAGCAGGCUAGACUAUUGUAAUGCUCUCCUGUUUGGUCUAAAUUUAUAAAUCAGUUACAAUUGAUCCACUCAACUCUAUUGCCCCUCUCAAAAAAGAAGAUAAAACAA